GGCACGUGCUUAGUAAGUGCUUCUCGAUUUUUUGAUUGUUGGUAGGCUACCUUGGCUGAGGAACUACGGGUGGUCUCACCCCAAAUAGUAUCGCCCCUUUUUCCCCUUUCUAGGAGCCAGGCUGUAAUGCAGUUCUUUCCCCAAAGUGGGUCUUUCUGGCCGGCCCUGCUGACCCUUCGAUGGCCUGUAAUGUGGCUGGGGUACAGGGGCUUCCCCUGGGGUUCUAUCCCUGGCCCUCCCCGUCGGCCCUAUCGGAAAGAGGUUCUUCCAGCCCCCGAAGCCCCCUUGGUGCUUGUCACUGCCGCUGAGAUAAGACAGUACCUUAGAGCCCGGGGGAUCCCCUUCCAGGAUGGACACAGCUGCCUGCGCACACCCAGCCCCUUCCUGAGCCCAGCGGGCCCUGAGGCAAAGAACUGGACUGAGGGGAGCCCCCAUAGUCUUUUUAUAGACAAGACCACAGGUCAUUUCCUCUGUACUGGCAGCAUGGCUGAGGGUAACUGGGAGGACUUCCAGGCAUCUGUGGAGGGUGGUGCCGCUGGGUCCUGGGUGAGUGAAGGUAAAGGAAAUGAAGCUCUAGGCAACCAGAGUGAUGAUGUACUGAGGAUUUGGGAGCGGGCAGUGCCACUGGCUGAACUGCCUGAACAAGAAGAGAUUCAGAUGGCCCGAGCAAUGUUCAACCUGGCCAAGGUGUCUGAUGCCACACUGAAGCGAUUCCAAGUUCGAUAUCUUCGAGCUGCCAGAAGUUUGGUGUUUCCAUGGUUCUCCCCUGGGGGUUUGAGUCUCCGGGGAUUGAAGCUGCUGAAGGCAGAAGACAAAGGGGAUGGUGUCUGCUAUUUGGAGACCACCCUGCCUCGGCCCAGUGCCUACCAUAACCUAUUUGGGCUGCCAUUGAUUAGCCGGAGGGAUGUGGAAGUGGUGUUGACGGGGCGGGAGCUGGAUAGCCUGGCUUUACAUCAGGCCACAGGGUUGCCCACACUAGCAUUACCCCGAGGUUUAGCCUGUUUGCCCCCUACUCUACUCCCUUACCUGGAGCAGUUCCGACGAAUUGUGCUAUGGCUGGGUGAUGACUUAAGGGCUUGGGAAGCUGCCAAAUUGUUUGCCCGAAAGCUGAAUCCCAGACGAUGCUCCUUGGUUCGGCCAGGAGACCAGCAUCCCCACCCUCUGGAGGCUCUGACGCAGGGCUUGAAUCUGCAAAAAAUACUAAAAGCAGCUCUGCCUGCUGGCCACAAGUCUAUAGUGUCUUUCCGGCAACUGAGAGAAGAAGUCCUAGGAGAACUAUCUAAUGUGGAACAAGUGGCUGGAGUGCGCUGGGGACGAUACCCCGACCUCAACAGACUUUUGAAAGGCCAUCGAAAGGGCGAGCUAACUGUCUUUACAGGACCAACCGGCAGUGGGAAGACAACAUUCAUCAGUGAAUAUGCAUUGGACCUGUGUACACAGGGUGUGAAUACACUGUGGGGUAGCUUUGAAAUCAGCAAUGUGAGACUGGCCAGGAUCAUGCUGACCCAAUUUGUCAGGGGGCGUCUAGAGGAAAAGCUGGAAGAGUAUGACAAGUGGGCUGACCGCUUUGAGGAUUUGGCACUAUAUUUUAUGACCUUUCAUGGACAGCAGAAUAUCAGGACUGUGAUAGACACAAUGCAACAUGCUGUUUAUGUCUAUGAUAUCUGCCAUGUGAUCAUUGACAACUUGCAGUUCAUGAUGGGGCAAGAACAACUAUCUUCAGACAGAAUUGCAGUCCAGGACUACAUCAUAGGAGCCUUCCGAAAGUUUGCCACAGACAAUAGCUGCCAUGUGACCCUGGUCAUUCACCCUCGGAAAGAAGAUGGUGACAAGGAGCUGCAAACAGCAUCCAUUUUUGGUUCAGCCAAGGCCAGCCAGGAAGCUGACAAUGUGUUGAUCCUUCAAGACAAGAAGCUGGCAACAGGUCCAGGAAAACGUUACUUACAGGUGGCUAAGAACCGUUUUGAUGGAGAUGUGGGUGUCUUUCCCCUAGAAUUCAAUAAGAGCUCACUGACAUUUUCACCCUCAGCCAAGGGCAAGGCUCGUCUCAAGAAGGUCAAGGAUGAGAAUGGUCUAGACCCUAAAAAGCCCCCCUCCAGUAAAGGGAGAGAAGCAUCUGGGAGGCAAAAGGACAAAGCCCAGUCCCCUCUCCCUUGAUCACAGUGUGGUGCAUGUGUUCAAGGAGCUCCCCACACCCUAUGGGGGAAAAUCCAGCUGUGAGUGGGGCCUUGCCUGUGUGGGAGCUGAUGAGUGGGGCUGCCCCAUCAUAUGCCUUGGUAUGGGAGCCAAGGGAGGUGACAAUCCCAAGAAGAGAAGGCAUGGCCACAGUGCCAUCCCCAAGACAGUGUGUGACUCCAACUGAAAUGGAGGUGGGUGACAUCCUUGAAGAAAGCUGAGUAACAGGGCUUUUUUCUAUGUAAAUAAACAUUUUUGUCAUAC